CACACACACACACACACACACACACACGUUUUAAUUUUGCAAGAAAAAGAAUACAUAUUUGACUUGAUUAUCAGCAUGUAAAUAUUUUAUAAGUGCCUUUUCCCACAUGAUGGUAUCACAGUGCCAAGAGAGCUUUUUGUGUAAGUAUAUAAAAAAAGGAGCUUAGUCAAGGGAUGCACUCUGUGGAUAUACAGGGGUUACUGGUGUAGUUUACAAAACUAAUUUUAGUAAUUACAAUCCAAAUCUACAUACGAUGGACAUGGAUUAAGGAUAUCAUUGGGCUGAGGGUUACUAAUCACCUGCCCGUGGAUGCCCCCUUUGGAGUGCAGCCCAUUCCUCUGAGCUCAAACUCAGCUGAAUGAGUGGAUUUCAGUUCACACAGAGGCAGCAGCGAGAGUGAGACACACACUCAGAGACACUGCGGUGUGAAUGAGUAGGGGGGGAGCGUGGAAGAGAGAAAGCUACCCUAGGAAAAAUAAUAGCAGGUUUUCUUUUUCAUGUAGUUGGCGUUUGGUUUAAGGGGGAAGAGUACAAGAUUACAACAUAUCCGGGCGAAAGUGAGGAAGAGAGUGAAAAGAAAAAACGGAGCGCACCCUGUAAUUUCUUGAAGCCGUUGGCCAUAAUCCUCAGCCCGGUUCAAGCUGUUUCCUCGCGCGACUCAUUUUAAACUUGCUAUAGGACACAGCAAUAGUGCGCGCUUUCAUAUUUUUUAUUUAAUUUUUUUUUUUUUUUUUUGCAUUAGUAAGUGCAUGUGGUAUAGAGAAUUAAGACGUCGACUUUGAUUUGGAAUAAGACGUCUCGGUGGUUUUUAAUGUCGAGAACACGUGCACCAAAGUGACAAGUCUGCUCCCAUCUCUUGAUUGCAUGCGCGCCCGCGCAAGGAGUCGAUCUGUGCGGAGUCUGAAAGCGCGCGCGGAGACGCAAAACUUCUCGGUUUUCUUGGCAACCGGCGGUGCGUUCGGGGCAACGCGAACUCGUGAGGGACGAGGGACGAUGCUGCGGCUGUUCGUGGCGUGGAGCACUCUGGUGACGCUGUGCGUGAUGGUGGAGGGAGCGCGCGGCGGCGGCGGUGGCGGCGGCGGUGGCGGUUACGGCAUGAGCAUGUUCGCCGCGCAGUCCUCGCCGCCUGACCCGUGCUACGACGAGAACGGCAACCCGCGCCGCUGCAUCCCCGACUUCGUGAACGCGGCUUUCGGCAAGGACGUGCGCGCGUCCAGCACGUGCGGCAGCCCGGCGGCGCGCUACUGCGUGGUGAGCGAGAAAGGCGACGAGCGGACGCGCGACUGCCACACGUGCGAUGCGACCGACCCGAAGAAGGCGCAUCCGGCCGCGUACCUCACCGACCUCAACAACCCGCACAACCUCACGUGUUGGCAGUCCGAGAGCUACGUGCAGCACCCGCAGAACGUCACCCUCACGCUCUCGCUGGGCAAAAAGUUCGAGGUGACCUACGUGAGCCUGCAGUUCUGCUCGCCGCGGCCCGAGUCCAUGGCCAUCUACAAGUCGAUGGACUACGGCAAGACAUGGACGCCGUUCCAGUUCUACUCGACGCAGUGCAAGAAGAUGUACAACCGGCCGAGUCGCGCGGCCAUCACCAAGCAGAACGAGCAGGAGGCCAUCUGCACCGACUCGCACACGGACAUGCAGCCGCUCGCCGGCGGGCUCAUCGCCUUCAGCACUCUGGACGGACGACCGUCGGCGCACGACUUCGACAAUUCCCCCGUGCUGCAGGACUGGGUCACGGCCACUGACAUCAAGGUGACUUUCAGCCGCUUGCACACGUUUGGCGACGAGAACGAGGACGACUCGGAGCUGGCCCGGGACUCGUACUUCUACUCCGUGUCCGAUCUGCAGGUAGGGGGCCGCUGCAAGUGCAACGGACACGCGUCGAAGUGUGUGCGCGACCGCGACGGCAACCUGGUGUGUGAGUGCAAACACAACACCGCGGGACCGGAGUGCGACAGGUGCAAACCCUUCCACUAUGACCGGCCCUGGCAGCGCGCAACAGCCAGAGAAGCCAACGAGUGCGUCGCUUGUCACUGUAAUCUACACGCACGCCGCUGUCGGUUCAACAUGGAGCUCUAUAAGCUGUCAGGACGCAGGAGCGGAGGAGUUUGCCUCAACUGCCGACACAACACUGCCGGUCGCCACUGUCACUACUGCAAAGAAGGCUACUACAGAGACAUGACCAAGCCCAUCUCACACCGACGCGCCUGCAAAGCAUGUGACUGUCACCCAGUCGGUGCUGCAGGUAAGACCUGUAACCAGACCACAGGCCAGUGUCCAUGCAAGGACGGAGUGACUGGUAUUACCUGCAAUCGCUGUGCUAAAGGCUACCAGCAAAGUCGCUCACCCAUCGCCCCCUGCAUCAAGAUUCCGGUUGCAUCCCCCACUGCAACGUACACCAGUUCGGAGGAACCAUCAGAUUGUGAAGCCCACUGCAAGGCCUCCAAAGGCAAAAUGAAGGUCACCAUGAAGAAGUAUUGCAAGAAGGACUUUGCUGUCCAAGUGCACGUGCUAAAGGGUGACAAGGCAGGCGAGUGGUGGAAGUUCACCAUUAACAUCAUCUCGGUGUACAAGCAAGGAGAGCACCGCAUCCGACGCGGCGACCAGCUGCUGUGGGUGCGUGCCAAGGACGUGGCCUGCAAGUGCCCUAAGAUUAAGCCGGGCAGGAAGUACUUGUUGCUGGGCUCAGACGACGAGGACUCGCGCGGCCAAAGCGGUGUCGUGGCAGACAAGGCCAGCCUGCUCGUCCCCUGGAAGGACCAGUGGGCCCGUCGUCUCCGCAAGUUCCAGCAGCGAGACAAAAGGGGCAAGUGCUAAAGCAGCCAGAAUCAGCAAUCAGCACAGAAAGGAGAGAGACGAAGGAAGGAAUGGAGGAAGGACAGAGCGCUGCUAAGCAGACUGAUAUUGCUAGCCUCUGGUAGAAACAGUUUUGAAGGAACUGGGGUGUUCACAGUUGUCUUCAGCCGUUUUAUUAUUUUUUUUCCUUCAGUUUUACGUUCAGUUUUCGUCCUUUUUUUGGAUUGUGGAUUUUGCAGAGUUUGCACCUAAUUUUACAUAUACAGUAUGUAAAGUAAUUUUUCCAUUCUGUUUCUUUUUGGAUAGUUUAACAUUCCCGAUUCUUUUUUUUACUGAGAUUAGCCACUGUCUCAAAUUUCUACAAUGAGAAAUCUUUUUUUUUUUUUUCUUUCAUCACCAAGCUUGUGUUAAAGUGUGUUCUGUUUGAGCAAGCCACCUGGUUUAGUAAUGGCAAAACGAAAGUGAUCUUUGUGAGGUAGCCAAUUAAAUUGUUCUUGUUGUUGUUGAUGCUGUUGAACUUCGUUGCAGUGAAGAUCAUUGCAAGAAUGAGCUAACAGAGUGAAGCUCUAUGAACCCCACUCUUAAGUAAAGCAACUCUCAAGUAAAGCGUUAUGGACAAUACCUCAAUGUUUCAGAUCAAGUGUGUAUGGAAAGCCGUAUGUCUCACCAAGUGGAAACUGAACCACUACUCAUUAAGUUGAAUGCCAUUUUUGUAAUGUACAGUAUAGCACACAUGUCCUUACUACCACACAAUACAAGUGUAUUAUGUAAUAGGUACAUAAAGACAACACAUGAUUUCUGAUUACUCUUACCUCUAGAUUGUAACAGCUAUCAUUUAAAGUAAAAAUUAGGUAAAAAUGUAGGUUUAUUAGACAUAAGGAAUAAUUAUGAUUGAAGCACAAAAUCUGAGCUCAUGAAGAAUUCAAUUAUAAGGCUGUCUUUUAUUACCACCUACCAAAUGUUCCUACUAUGUAGCUCCUCAUAACUGCAUUCAGACUCCACCAAGUCUCAAGUCCAUAGAGUAUAGAUGGUUUUUAAAAGCCUUAAUUACAAUACAGUGUUAAGAAAGAAAAAAAAGCAUAUUAUUGAAAAGUUGAAGACCAUGGUAACCUAUUUUUCCUUGUGUCAUACAGCAUAGCCCUAUAAUUUGCUUGGUACUUUGUGGAAGGUAUUGUUGCAUUUGUUAUUUGUAUAGUUGUAUAGUAUCUUUUAUAUAACAUUAACUAGAUUAUAUUCAUGUUAUUAACCAGAGAGUUUAGAACCAUACACAGAAUAUUUCAGCAGAGGAGAAAGAGUGUUUGUGUUUGUUUACAUUGAUUGAUCAAAAAGAGAAUUUGUACAGUAUCUGUUUUAAGAACGGAGUAUUCAAACGCACACAUGCACACACAACAAAGAUACACAAAUGUAUACACACAGCCCUGUCAAGUUACAAACUCUGACAGUGGCGUAGAACUGAAUUUUUAUUGCAUCUGUCAGCUAGAUUAAUCACAAACGGAUACACAUACAUACACACAUACAUACAUACAUACAUACAUACAUACAUAUAUACAUACACCAACAUGAACACUUUAACUAUUUUUUUCAACUGCUCUGAGAAUUCUUUUCCGCACCAGGUUUUCGGGCGAAGACCUAAACAUUGUUCAUGGUCAACCUGUAAAUGACAUAUAGCUGUAUUCUUUGUUUUGUCUUAUAAUGCAUACUAAUAUAUAAUGGUUCUCAUAAAAAAUGAAUCUAUUUAAUGAUACCGGAAUUGACAUGCCUUUGUUUUUAUCACUGUUGCUACCAUGAGAUGAACUUGUGCCAUUGUAACCAUUGAACGUAUGAAUAGUGAGAAAUUGGAGAUUAUUUUCAAUAAACACCACAUAAACCCCA